AGCACUUGGCUCCUGGCUCCUGCCAUCGGAUCAGUGCAGUGCGCCGGCCGCGGCGGCCAUUGGAGGGUGAACCAACGGCAAAGGAAGACCUUUCUCUCUGUCUCUCUCUCUCACUGUCCACUCUGCCUGUCAAAAGAGAGAGAGAGAGAGAUGCUCGUUUCCCAAAGAAACACACGCUCUGCAUCGUUUCUGCUUUGCCAGUCUUAUGGGAGAGAGCUAGCUGUACCCUGUUUUCUAAUUGUUAUUGAUCGGUUGAUCUGAGAGGGAGAGAGAGGGAGGGGGGAGAGAGAGAGAGAGAGAGAGAGAGAGUUUUUCAAUCCACUGGUUCACUCCCUAAAGGCCUGCAGUGGCCAGGACUGGUCAGGGGCUGGGAACUCAUCCUCCUGGCUGGGCAGGGAGCCGUCGCUGUUGCCUCCCAGGGAAGAGAAGGACGCUGGAGCCGGGUGUGAGCCCAGGCGCAGUGAUGCAGAGGGCGUCCAAACCAGAUUUAUUCAGUUGUUUAUUUGAAGGCCAGAGUUAGAGGGAUUUACAGAUCGAGGCCAAAGUCCAGAGCCAGGAGCUUCUUCCGGGUCUCCCACAUGGGUGCAGGGGCCCAAGCACUUGGGCCAUCCUCCAUUGCUUUCCCAGGUACAUUAGCAGGGAGCUGGAUCAGAAGUGGAGCAGCUAGGACUUGAACCAGUGCCCAUAUGGGAUGCCAGCAUUGCAGACAGUGGCUUAACUCGCCUCCAGCACCUUAACGGCUAGGCCUGCCACCUGUCCAUGGACUCUGAAUUAGCAAGUCUCUCCCUGCCCCCCAUUUCCUGAGGACGCACACAGCUUUGUGUGCUCAUGGGCGCUUGUAUUUCCUCUUCUGUGAAUUGCCUGUUCACACUCCUCGUCCAUUUUUGUCGCGUAAACCCAAUCAUUACAACUCAUUGCAUGGAUGGGUCACAGAGAGAGAGGCCGUGACUUGUCCUGGUCACCCAGCCACUGGCAGUCAGAGCCCAGGCUCCGCCCUGGGGUCCUGGUUGCUGCUUAGCCCUCUGUGUCCACAUGGGUGGGCCACUUCUCUGUCCCUUUGUGGAGGAGUAUGCCUGCAGGGCUCCCCUCUGCUUCCGGGGCCCAGCAGGGAACAGAAGACAGCUCCUGCCCUGUGGAGCGCCCAUUCUUGUGCACGCGGGGAGAUAGGCCUGUGUGUAUUUUAGAAAAGCAAUAAAUAAAACCUGUUUGUUAAAGUUUUCCAGGAAAAGCCACUGCCUGUCAGACCCCCGGGAACAUUUGCCCCAGUUCUGUUCUGCAAAAGGGACCACGGAGGCCAGGGAGGGGGAGGGACGCAGGUCCAGGGCCACACAGGCCACUUGGAGGUCAACAUGGCAGAAACGGCAUGACCCUGCCUCCUGGGUGGGACCCUGCUGCCUGCAGGAUACUGGCCAGCAUCACACUCAGCACGCCACGUCUGUGGCCUCACUAAGCCUCAUGAGGCUGGAUACGGUCAUCACGCCCAUUUUCCAAUGGACGUGGGAGAUACAGAGAGGUUAAGAAAUUUAUCUGAAGCUGGUGAGUGGCAGAGCCAGGAUUCGAACUCAGGCUGUGUUUCUGCAGAUCCCCUGCGCCCGACACCACCCUGCGCAGCCUGUCUGCUGGAGGCAGGGUCUCUAAAGGGAGAUGCAAGGAGCUGUUCCCAGGGCAGGAGGCACAUGAAACUCAGCAGGUAAAUUCUGCGGCGACUGUGAGGCCUGGGCGCCACAGGGAGCAGCGUGAGAUCAGUGAUGGUGACAUUGGAGCAGCCUUCAAGACAGGGGCAGUGGGGUUCGUGGGACAUCCCAGGACCAGCUGGUGCCAAGGCCCAAAGCCAUCCCAAGGUUGUCGGCCAAAGAGGCCAGUUGGGCCGGACCAGUGCAAGCGAGGAGGGGAGGGGGUCUCAGAGAACAAGGGAGGGGCCACCCCCUCAUGUGUGGGGCCUCAUGAGCCGUGGUGAGCCUUGGUUUUCACUCCCAGUGCGGUGGGAACCAUGGGAGAACUAUGAACAGGGAGGGGCUUACCAUUUUUUUGGAGGGGGUGUGGUUAAUGACUCAAUUGAGACAAUUCAGUGGUCAGAGAAAUCCCCCCAUGAAGCAUGGGUCUAUGGUUUUCAGUAUAUUCCCAGAUCUGUGCAAACAUCACCACGAUCGAUUUUAGAACCUUCCUAUGCCCCCCUCCCCACCGUCUCCCUCCAGUGUCCCCCGCCCCUGGUACCCAUUCCUCUCCUUGUGUCUUCUGUGGAGUUGACAAUCCAGGACACUGCAUAUAAAUGGAAGCCAACAUGUAACAGUGGUUUUGGGGACAGCUUUUUUGAUUUAGCAUCCACCCACGCUACAGCAUGUCAAUAUCCCAUUUCUUUUCAUUGCCAAGUAAUAUUCCAUCGUCUGGAUUAAGUGUGUCCACCCAUUCAGGUCCAGCCCAUGCCAGACGCUUGGGCUGUUUGCAUGUUAGGGCUGUUAAGAAUGCUACAGCUGGGGCCAGAGCUGGGGCUCCCAUGAGAGCCUGGAGUUCGAGUCCCGGCUGCUCCACUUCCGAUCUGCCUCUCUCUGCUAACACACCUGGGAAAGCAGUGGAAGACGGCCCAAGCACUUGGGCCCCUGCACCCACGAGGGAGACCCAGAUGGAGUUUUGGUUCCUGGCUUACAGGCUGGUGCAGCUAUUUGGGGAGUGAGCCAGCAGGUGGAAGUCGUCUCUAUCCAUCUCUCUCCCUCUCCCUCUCCCUCUCUGUAACUCUGCUUUUCAAAUAAUAAUAAUAAUAAUAAUAAUAAAUCUUUAAAAAAGAAGGAUCUGAAGAAUCCCGUUGCUGUGAUGUUGGGGUGCAGGUUUGAGUGAGGCCAGGACUUGGUUUUCGUUUCUCUCCAGUGUCUUACCUGGGAGUGGAAUUGCUGGUUCGCAUGUGUUUAAUUGCCAGAUGGCCAGAUGCUUUCCUGACUCCUUAAAAAACUUUUUUUUUUUUCAUUUUAUUUGAAAGAGACCAUUUCCAACUGCUGUUCACUCCCCGGAUGUGCACAAAAGACAGGGCUGCAGCCCGAGGCCAGGAGCCAGGAACUCAGUGCAGGCAGAGGAUCAGGGACUCGAACCCAGGCCCUCCCAUCAGGGAUGCGAGCCCAAGAGGCACGCGGCAGCCUCAGUGCUAAACGCCCGCCCGCACCGACUUGCGUUCCCGCCGCUGUGACCCCGUAUUUGCCAACACUUGCUAUGACGCCUACCGGGACCACGUUUUAGCCGUGGUCCCUUCCCGCACAGCUCUGCGGGGACUGGACUGAAGCUUGGAGCGCAGCUUGGAGGCCGGGCAGCCGUCCUCUGGGGGCCGGGCCAGGUCGGGCGCGGGGGAGGUGGGAGCCGCGGGAUGGCGGAGAUGCUUCCGCGCUGCCGUCAGCGGGCCGCGCUGCCAGGUCGGUUGCGGAGCGCGAGAGAGAAGGGGUUGAGCCCCGCUGACCCCGAAGGUCAGGUGUCCCAGGAGCUUCUGGGACGCCUUCCUUGGAGAUGCCGCCAGGUAUUGGGUGGGGACUUCAGUCCUGGGCAUUUGGCCCUCGAAUCCACCGUGGCCACCCACCCAUGAAGCCAGACGUGAACCCGAGUCCGGGGUCUCCGUUUCCUGUUCCAUAAAGUGGGACCCGAAGAGCAUCGCGGAGCCCUGGGCCGUCCUGGGGUGGGAGGACGGCGGGGUCUGCAGCUCGCCAGGGGCAGCGUCCGUCGGUCCGGGCCCCACCCCCAAUCUCCGGCCGCCGCCGUCGGGGAGACGAGGGGACAGUGGGUCGUCACCCUGUCCCCGCCCCCACCCCAAGCUGGGUUUCCUCCUUGGGGGCUACCCAGGCCAGAACCGCUGAUGGAAACCAGCUGCGGGAGGCGCGGGCUCGGCGCACGCCCAGGCCCCUCCUCGGCGCCGGCAGACCCCGCUCCGGGGGUGGGGGGGUGCCUUGGCUCCCCUCCCUCCUUCCGCAGCCCGGCCCCAGGCCCUGGCACGUCCGGCGCGCUGAUGCUUUCCAGAUGUGGACCGCUUCCCCUCCCCCACCUGGUCCAGCGGCGCGCGCGGGGGAAGGGAAGGGGAGCCACUGCGGGCCUGUACCCCACCCUCCCCAAUCCAACCGCCACCAGGUCCCAGGCCGGCGUCCCCUCCUCGCGUGUCUCGCUUCCCUCCCGGUUCAGGCGGUAAAAACCAAAUUGAAGCGGGCCGAGCGCCCGGCAGACGCUCCUCCCCCACUCCCACCUCUUCCCGGGGCUCCCAUCUCGGCCCCGCCCCCAGCGGGCUCCCGGGGCCUCCAGGCGCCAGAGCCCCGAGACCCGCCCCUCGGAGCGCAGCUGGGCCAGGACACGCCCCCGAAUGGGGCGUCGGGACACGCCCCCGCAAGCCCCGCCCAGGACCGCCCCCGAGGGCCACGCCUCCACCGUGCGGUCCCAGGGGAAGCCGCCGGUGUCUCUUUGUCCCUCUGCGCGCCCGGUUCUCUGCGUGUCCGCGCUUCCCCGCCCCCGUGUUCCCCGUGCCCCACCUCCGGGUGUCCCGCCCGCGUCUCCCUGCAGGCCCCUUCCUGGCCCUGUCCCCCUCGGUCCCUCGCUCUGCAGCGCGCUCCGCUGCUGUCCGUGUCCCUGUCUGCGGCUGGUGUCUCCCCGCCUCGCUCUUCCUCUCUGCCUGCGCGCCUCGGUGCCACUCCUCCGACCCGUCUCCGCCUCCUCCGGCGUCUUCCUCUGGUCCCCGCACCUUCCUGCAGGCCGGUGGGGGGGCUCCCGGCCAGCGCAGCUUCUCGGCGCGCGGGCUGCGGGCGCCCCCGUGUGUCCGGCGGGGCGGCCGGGAGCCGCCCGAGGCUGAGUGUGUGCGUGAGGCCCGGCGGGGGUCGGCCGGAGACCCUUGGGGGCCGUCGCGGGUGCGCGCGGCCGCGAGGCAGGGAGUACACCCCGUAGGCGUUCUGUGCAGGUGCGCCCUGGCGAGGGGCCGUGGGCGUGGGACCGUCGCCGGGUGGUGCGAGGAGAUGGUGGGACUGUGUCUGCUGUGUGACGCGGGCAGAUUAGCGGUGAUGCGGCGAGACUGCGGGUGACCCCGCGUGGCAAUGGGUGGGAGAGAGCCCUACUGGUAGUGGUGGGGGGAGGAAGCUGCCAUGGUGGGUGUGAGUGUGGUGACGGCGGAUGUGAGUAAGGCAGUGAGUGCCACUUGGUGUCCGGCUGUGUCACACGGGCAGGCUGCCUGUCAGAGGGGGCUAGGCUGAGAUUCACCGAGAGAGGGCGCAGGCAGGCAGCAGGAGGGGACCCCCAGGGGCACAGCCUGGGUGUGUGUCAGCCACUCUGAGGGGCUGUGUGACGCCCCCGUGUGAGUGUGUGUGUGCAGGGCACGCAGGCGUGAUGAUGAAUGAGACGGCACGUGUGACAGCCGUGUGUGACGCAGACAGCAAGUGGUGUGUGUGACACCGUGUGUGACGCAGCCCGCGUGUGGGGCGUGUGUGUGAGACCGGGUAGGUGGUGUGCAAUCCUCUGGGAGGGGGUGUGAAGCUGUGUGUGUGCAUAAGCACAUGUGGCUCGAUGCGGGUGUCACUGGACCGGUGGCUGUGUUACGGUGUCACACCAUGCGAUGUCGUGUUUGAGUGCUUGACAGGGAGGUUGUAUGUAACAUCCGGAAGUGUGUGUGAGACCGUGGUGGGCUGAAACAAGUUUUUUGGAGGGACCCGGGAGAAGCGCGCGAGCCGCCAUCAGCCGUGGUGCGCUACGCUGAGAGGGAUUGUGUGUGGGAGUCUGUGUGUGACCGCCUGUGACAGGCUGAGAGGCCGCGGGGGACACGCGUGGGAGGGUUGCAUGGCUGUGAGCGCAGGGGGACACGGGGGACACCCGGAGAGACGGCUUUCCUGUGACAAGGGCAACACGGAAAGCACAGGAGUGACCGAGACACAAGGGACAGAGAAGGGAUGAGAUGCAGAGAGAGGACGUAGAGGGACAGACCCAGGCGUGGGGGUGGCGGGAGGUGGCAGUGGCAGGAGGAGGCGGGCCCUUGGGGGCUGUGCCCCAGGGGAGGGGGCGGAGCGGGGAGGGGGACCCAGAUGCUGCCUCCCAGCCGCCGCCACCCGCCUGCCAUCCUGGCCCCGAGCAGCAACAGCCAUGUCCAACAACAUGGCCAAGAUCGCCGAGGCCCGCAAGACCGUGGAGCAGCUAAAGCUGGAGGUGAACAUCGACCGCAUGAAGGUGUCACAGGCGGCGGCCGAGCUCCUGGCUUUCUGUGAGACCCACGCCAAGGACGACCCGCUGGUGACCCCGGUACCCGCCGCCGAGAACCCCUUCCGCGACAAGCGGCUCUUCUGCGUGCUGCUCUGAGCCCCCCCCCCCCCCAAGUCGGAAUCCAAUAAAGUCGGUGACCCUG